UCUCUGCCCGGGCUCGUCCGUCCGUCCGUCCUUUGGCGCCUCUGGCCAGCCAGCCAGCCAGCCAGCGCAGCUCUUCGGGUCCGGCCGGCGUCGGGGAAGAUGGAGCGAGCCGCCUUGUUCGCGCAGGGGCGGGAGGCGCCGAUGGCUGCCGGGGACGUGGGCGAGCUCUUGGUCCCCUACAUGCCCACCAUCCGGGUGCCCAAGACCGGCGACCGCGUCUACAAGACCGAGUGUGCCUUUUCCUACGACUCGCCCGAUUCCGAAGGAGGCCUUUAUGUUUGCAUGAAUACUUUCCUGGGAUUUGGAAGGGAACAUGUAGAAAGGCAUUAUCGCAAGACAGGACAAUGUGUAUACUUACAUAUCAAGCGGCAUAUGAGAGAGAAGGUAACAGGGGCAUCUGGUGGAGCUUUACCAAAAAGGAGAAACAUCAAGCUAUUUUUAGAUCUUGAAUCUAAUCUUGAUUUAAAUAAUGAUGAUUAUGAAUAUGAGGAUGAAGCUAAACUUGUCAUAUUUCCAGACCACUAUGAAAUUCCUUUACCCAAUAUAGAAGAACUGCCAGCACUGGUGACAAUAGCUUGUGAUGCAGUCCUGAGCUCGAAAUCUCCCUACAGAAAGCAGGACCCAGACUCUUGGGAAGAAGAGCUGCAAAUUUCCAAACAUGCCAACACUCUGGUGCAAAUGGACAAUGGAGUCAGGAUUCCACCAAGUGGCUGGAAGUGCUCCAAGUGUGACUUACGGGAGAACCUUUGGCUAAACCUCACUGACGGAUCCAUACUUUGUGGCAAAUGGUUCUUUGAUGGCAGCGGGGGAAACGGACAUGCCCUUGAGCAUUUCAAGGAGAUGGGUUAUCCCUUAGCAGUGAAGCUUGGAACGAUUACACCCGAUGGUGCAGAUGUCUAUUCCUUUGAGGAAGAAGAAGCUGUUUUGGAUCCUCAUAUUGCCAAACACUUAGCUCAUUUUGGAAUUGACAUGCUCCAAAUGCAUGUGACAGAGAAUGGCCUGAGAGAUAAUGACAUAAAACCUCGUGUCUCUGAAUGGGAAGUCAUCCAAGAAUCAGGCACAAAGCUGAAACCAAUGUAUGGGCCUGGAUAUACCGGCAUGAAAAACAUGGGGAACAGCUCCUACAUCAGCAGCGUAUUGCAAGCCAUUUUCAGUAUUCCUGAAUUUCAGAGGGCGUAUGUGGGAAAUCUUCCAAGGAUAUUUGACUACUCUUCUUUGGACCCAACACAAGAUUUCAACACUCAGAUGGCUAAAUUGGGACAUGGACUUCUUUCAGGCCAGUAUUCAAAACCUCCAGUGAAAUCUGAGCUCAUUGAACAGGUGAUGAAGGAGCAACACAAGUUAGGAUUAUUUCCAAAUAAUUCAAUUAAUUUCCCAUUUGUCCUUUUGCUUGCAGAUGUUUCUGUAGACAUGCCAGAUCUUCUAGACAUUACUCAUCUCCGAGCAACGGGCUUUCAACCAGGAGAGGAGGAACUUCCAGACAUCUCUCCACCUGUGAUCAUUCCUGAUGACCCCAAAGAUGGCAUGAUGAACCAUUUCAUGGAAUCCCCAGAUUUUGAUGAAUCCUCCGUGAUGCAGCUGGCAGAGAUGGGGUUUCCAUUGGAAGCAUGCCGAAAAGCCGUGUACUACACUGGCAACAUGGGUGCUGAGGUGGCUUUCAACUGGAUCAUUGCGCACAUGGAAGAACCAGAUUUUGCAGAGCCUUUAUCCAUCCCUGGCUAUGGGGGAACAGCUUUUCCCCAAACAGGAGGAUCAGCAGUUCCUGGGUUGGAUAAUCAACCUCCAGAAGAGAUGGUAUCCAUCAUUUCCUCUAUGGGAUUUCAGAGGAAUGUAGCUCUUCAGGCACUACGAGCAACAAAUAACAACUUGGAACACGCAUUGGACUGGAUCUUUAGUCACCCUGAACCAGAGGAAGAGACUGAAGUAGCUUCUGAAGUCAUGAAUAUAGAAAACCACAUGAAUGCUAACAUCCUUGCAGAAUCGGAUCCAGAAGGGCCCCGGAUCAAAGAUGGACCGGGAAGAUAUGAACUCUUUGGCUUCAUCAGUCACAUGGGAACAUCCACCAUGAGCGGCCAUUAUGUUUGCCAUCUUAAAAAGGAAGGAAGGUGGGUUAUCUACAACGACCAUAAAGUUUGUGCCUCCGAGCAGCCACCCAUAGAGCUAGGAUAUAUUUACUUCUAUCACAGGAUACCAAGUUAGACCUCACUAUGUUCUCUGGCCUUAGGAAGCCAUAAGCCUUUUUAUUCUGCCAAAAAUGUUGUUUCCAGUAAGCAAAGCCUUUGGACUGCCAAUAUGAAAAAAAAAAGAAAAGAAUCAGGAUAAUUCAAUUGAUGCCUUCCUAAACCUUUAGAGGAGAGUUUUUCUGUUAAAUGAUGGUGCAUUGUAGGAUUUUAAAGUUUGUCUACAUUUCGUGGAGACCUUAAGACUGUUCUGAACCACUAGCAGAGUUUGCAGCAAACGUCCAGAGAACACAAAACUGUUCCUGCACUGAGAAGAACCUGCUAUCUUUGGUUUAACCCUUAAAGGACUGACGGUUGCUAAGCGGUUGCUUUGAACUAGGAAUUCAUCACUGUUGCUGGAUGGAAUCUAUUUGCUAGCAUGAAAAGUUGCUUAUCUGGAACCCUAAAUUUCCGAUUAAAAAGGAAAG